CUGCACGUCUCUGGCGCUCCACCAUCCAGCCCGGCGCCCUCCCAUCCCCAUAGCUGCCAGCCGGAGCUCCGCGUUGCCAGCAGCUCCAGCGGUUUCGAAACGCGCUGCGGGUUUCGUGCUUUCUGUGCCUGUUUGGGCGCGGUAGCGGUGAGAAUUCACGGUGACCGGAGGCCGUUGCCAGGCAGCGCCGAGCCGGGCUGUGAAUGUGUAGAGGCGGCUGACGGCCGAACUCAAGCCCCCCGCCUCUCUGCCUGCCCGCAGCACGGAGAUGGCUUUCAGCGAGAGCCGGCCCGAAGCGGCCGAGGUGGAACAGGACGAAGGCGCGGGCGGGGAGCCGGACGUGAUCGCCAAAGCCAACUCGCUGCAGGCGUUCAGCGAGAGCGAGGAGGCCCGCAGCCUGCUGGCCGCCCUGAGAACCGUCACCGCCGACCAGGCCGCCAGCGAGAUCCUCAAACAGAAAUUCACCGUCAUAAUGGACAAAUACCAGGAACAGCCUCAUCUGCUGGAUCCACACUUAGAAUGGAUGUUGAAUAUGCUCUUGGACAUAGUGCGCAAUGAACAUUCUCCUUCAUCUCUUGUUCACCUUGCAUUCAAAUUCCUUUAUCUCAUCUCAAAGGUGCGUGGCUAUAAAUAUUUUUUGAGAUUGUUCCCUCAUGAAGUGGUUGAUUUGCAGCCUGUAUUGAAUUUACUCACUCAACAAGACCCAAAAGACUGUCAAACUUGGGAGACGCGUUACAUACUUUUAUUGUGGUUAUCCAUGACUUGCCUACUUCCAUUUGAUAUGGCACGACUUGAUGGUAAUAAUUCCACACUGGAAGGACAAUCUAGGACACCCAUUAUGGAUCAGAUUUUGAAUAUAGCAAAGUCUUACCUGACAGUUAGUGACAAAGGAAGAGAUGCUGCUGCUGUCCUUGUAUCCAAGUUUGUAACUCGCCCAGAUGUUAAAGAGAAGAGAUUGCCAGAUUUCUUGGAUUGGACAUUGACAUCAUUAUCCAAAGCGGAUCAGACGAUGGAAGGCAUGGUUGUGAUAGAUGGAAUGCUUCAGGCUCUGGCUCAACUGUUCAAACAUGGGAAAAGAGAUGACUUUUUACCCUUUGCACCAAUGGUAUUGAAGUGCCUUGAUGAAUGCAACAUUCCCGAAUGCAACCAUACUAUUCUUCGGAAACUGGGCAUAAAACUCAUUCAAAGGUUGGGCCUUACAUUUCUGAAGCCAAAGAUUGCAAAAUGGAGGUAUCAGCGUGGGAGCAGGUCUUUGGCUCUAAACUUACAAAUGGCAGGUCAAAGUCAACGGAUUAACAACAUCACAUCUAUAAAGAAAAUGGAUUUAAAAGCAGAGGAGGAUGAUGAUGAUGAUGAUGACUAUGAUAUUCCUGGAGAGAUAGAGAAUGUGAUAGAGCAAUUGCUGUUUGGAUUGAAGGACAAAGAUACUAUUGUAAGGUGGUCUGCAGCAAAAGGUAUAGGAAGAGUGACUGGAAGAUUGCCAAAAGAACUUGCAGAUGAUGUUGUUGGAUCUGUGCUCGAAUGCUUCAGUUUUCAGGAAACAGAUACAGCCUGGCAUGGUGGAUGUCUUGCACUAGCCGAACUGGGUAGAAGAGGAUUGUUACUUCCUUCUCGGCUUCCUGAUGUUGUACCUGUAAUUCUCAAAGCAUUGACUUUCGAUGAGAAGCGUGGUGCUUGUAGUGUGGGAGCGAACGUGAGGGAUGCUGCCUGCUAUGUCUGCUGGGCUUUUGCUCGUGCUUACGAUCCUCAAGAAAUGAAACCAUUUGUUAAUCAGAUAGCAAGUUCUUUGGUAAUAACGGCGGUAUUUGAUCGGAAUGUCAAUUGUCGAAGAGCUGCCUCAGCUGCUUUCCAAGAGAACGUUGGAAGACAGGGCACAUUUCCACAUGGAAUUGAGAUCCUAACUGCAGCUGAUUAUUUUGCAGUUGGAAAUCGGACCAAAUGUUUUUUGAAUAUUAGUUUAUACAUUGUUGGAUUUCCCGAGUAUACUCAACCUUUGAUUGAUCAUCUGAUACACAAGAAAUUUAACCAUUGGGAUUGUGCCAUUCGAGAACUAACAGCAAAGACCCUCCAUAAUCUUACUCCAUAUGCUCCGGAAUACAUGGCAAACAAUGCUUUAUCACAGUUGUUACCUUUAGCAACGGGCAUUGAUUUGAACACUCGUCAUGGUGCCGUAUUGGCUUGUGCAGAGAUUGUUUAUGCACUCUACAAAAUAACUGUAGAGCACAACAGGCCAGUAACAGAUUUUAUCAAUGAGAAUACACUGGAAAGUCUGAAGAAUAUUCAUCGAAAGCUUUAUAACUGCCAGUUUUACAGAGGAUUCGGUGGAGCAUUUAUGAGACCAGCAGUUUGCUGUUUCAUAGAAAAAAUGUCACUGUCAAAAAUGCCUUUGAAGAAUGACUCCAUAAUUGGUGAAUGGCAGUGGCUUAUUGAUGACAGUCUGAAAAGCAUUCACCACUUUACAAGCACAGCAAAACAGAAGGCCAAGUUUCAGGAAGCUGUAAUCUCAGCACUGACUGCUUUGUGCAAUGAGUAUUAUCAAACCGUGCAGGGAACUGCAGAUCCUGAAAUACAAAAUAAACUAGUGGACAAAUACGUUUCUGAGCUACAGCGCCCUGAAGAAAUGACUCGUUGUGGAUUUUCUUUAGCAUUGGGUGCACUUCCAAAAUUUAUGCUAAAUGGUAAACUCCACCAGGUAUUAGAAGGGCUACAGAGAGUCACCUGGAUGACAGUGAAAGAUACCAGCUUUGCAGAAGCAAGAAGGGAUGCACUGAAGGCCAUUGCUCAAGUCUGUAAGACAGCGGGUGUGAAAGAAGAUGGGCCAUGCGAUCAGGUUGUCUGUCAAAGUAACGUGUCUCAGAUCUAUAAUACCUUGUUGGAUUGUUUGAAUGACUAUACUACAGACAGUCGAGGGGAUAUUGGAGCAUGGGUACGUGAAGCUGCUAUGACAAGCUUGAUGGAACUAACGAUACUGUUGGUGCAGACUCAUCCUCAGCUCAUUUCUCCUGAUAAUUGUAGACAAAUGAUGUGCUACUUGGCUCAAUUGUCAGCUGAGAAGAUCGAUAGAUUCCGAGCACACGCGGGCUCCGUUUUUCUUCAAAUGUUACACUUUGAUAACCCUGCAGUCCCACAUGUUCCACACCGGGAGGAGCUAGAGAACAUUUUUCCACGAUCAGAACUUGAAACACUGAAUUGGAGCGCGCCCUCUCAAGCCUUUCCUCCAAUCACAAAACUUCUAGGGCUCCCAGCUUACCAGUACCGUGUUUUGUUGGGUCUCACAGUAUCGGUAGGAGGGCUUACUGAAUCUACGGUGCGAUAUUCAGCUCAGUCACUCUUUGACCAUCUCAAAACAAUUCACAAUGAUCUAGAAGCCAUGAAUAAGUUUUGUGGAACCUUAAUACAAAUCUUUAAGGACAAUUUACAUAAUGACAGGGUGUCCAUCCCUCUGUUGAAGAUGCUUGACCAGAUGCUGGCUAAUGGAUGCUUUGAUAUUUUCACAGCAGAUGAAAGCCACUACUUUGCUAAACAGUUGCUCUCCCUCUGCAAGGAAGAAAUCAAGAAGUCCAAAGAUGUCCAGAAACUUCGAGCUAGCAUUUCAGUGUUCUGUGGUCUUAUUCAAUUCCAAGGUGAUAUCAGAAAAAACAUCCUCUUCCAGCUCUUGUUCUUGUUGUGCUACCCAUUCCCAAUAAUAAGAAAGACAACUGCCAGCCAGAUGUAUGAAAUGCUUUUAACAUAUGAUGAUGUCAUUGAUGCAGAGGUAUUGGACGAAGUGAUGGCAAGUCUCAGUGACAACAACUGGGAUGCUGACCUUCCCACUGUACGAGCUCAACGGAAUCAUCUUUGUGACCUGAUGGGUGUUCCAAAACCAGUAAUUGCUACUAAGCUGCAUCAGGGUGUUCCAUGAUUGAAGAUUUCCCAUGUGUCUGAACAGACAGGACAUGCAGAGAGCUAAAUGUGUGUUCAGUCUACUACCCGUUGGAUGCCUUUCACAAACUGUUCCAAUCUGUUGCCACUACAAAGCAAGAUGACUGAAGAGCUGCUCAGCAUGUGAAAGUACACACGAAUAAAGAGUAGGCUGUGUUCAACCUCAACAUUUCCCUCCAGAUGUUGUUCUUGAUGUGGUUAUUGAUUUCCUUAAGACCCCAAAGGGGAGUAAAUUGCCGAACAAGUCAAUACUACAUGCACUGUGAGCAAAAUGUUUUUAAUGCAGUGUUUGGAUGUAACCCUUCACCCCCAAGAUGGCACCUUUGCUUCCGCAACAUCCUUUACGUUGUUUAGGUUCAUUGUACAAGAACUAAUGUUCUGUUUCUAUUGAUGGAUCUGAACCUAAGCACAUUCUUAAAUAAAAAUCAUGAGUUUUACUUAU